UUCUCAGCGCCGGGCGAGGGUCGGUCCCCGGGCAGCCCUUCCACAGGGCCGGGAACAGGAGCGGGACCAGGAGCUCCAGGGUGCCCCGAGGCGAAGGCCCAGAUAUAUGAUAGCGCCUCCUGCCCGCUGGGCCCAGGCAGGACUGCCUGGGGAGCGCCAUCAAGCUUUGUCAGGCGCCCAGGCCCUCAGGAUAGGGCAGGUCCAUGGUCACACCAUGGAAAGCCAGCCCACGGUUGUUUGUCAGGAUCUGGCCUGGCUAGGGUAGCUGGGAUCAGAUGCAGCGCCAUGAUCAGCAGGCACGGCCACGGUUCCUGGGGCGAGGGCCUUGCUGACAGAGACUGGCAUUCCUGCAGUACUGCUGCGGCUGCUCCUGGGCCGAGCUCAAAUGCACUCAUGCUCUAGACCAUUAACAAGACCCCUGGGACCUUCUCCAAAGUGACUCUCCAAAGACAUCACCCUGUUUUGGGCAUGUUCUCAGAGCUGAAGUUCCCUGUGCCCUGGGGACAUGUGGCAGCCAAGGCCUGGGGACACUCAGAGGGACAUCCUGUGCUGUGUUUGCAUGGCUGGUUGGACAAUGCCAACACCUUUGACAAGCUCAUUCCACUGCUCCCCAGAGGUUGUUAUUAUGUGGCAAUGGAUUUUUCUGGCCAUGGUUUGUCAUCCCACCGACCUGCAGGCUGCCCCUACCAUUUCCUAGAUUAUGUGACUGAUGUGCGCCGGGUGGCAGCAGCCUUGCAGUGGAGACGGUUCACUCUGAUGGGUCACAGUAUGGGUGGGGCUGUGGCAGGAAUGUUCUGUUUCCUUUAUCCUGAGAUGGUGGACAAGCUGAUCCUGCUGGAAAGUCUUGGCUUUCUUCUAGCACCAGAGGACAUUGAGGCGUGGCUGAAAUCAAAACGGAGGGUGAUUGACGGACUACUGAGUCUGGAGGCAAAGCAGCAAACUCCCAAAGCAUGGAGCCCCAAAGCAGCAUUGCAGAGGCUUUUAGAAGCAAACAGCCAUCUGACAGCAGAGGGUGGGGCAAUCCUACUGCAGCGAGGAGCAACUGAGACACCCGCUGGGCUGGUGUAUAACAGAGAUAUGAGAGCCCGUAUGCAGAGUCGAGAGUUCUUCACAGUGGAGCAGUGUGUGAAGCUCCUGCAGAAGAUCCAGGAUCGUGUUCUCAUCAUUGUAUCACAAGAUGGACUCUUGGUACCACACAACCUACCCAGCAGAAAUCACUUUGUAAAAGCCCUGCAGGAGGCAUUUGAGUCUGCCCUGAAAGAGCACAUCCAGCUAGCAGAAGUGCCUGGGAGUCAUUUUGUGCACCUGAACGAGCCCAAGGUGGUAUCUGGGAUCAUUAGCAACUUCCUGACAGCACAGAACACCAGAGCCAGACUCUAGAAAGCCCUCACAGUUGCAGCAGUACUGGAGAACUGGAAGCUAACAAGCAAGCUCCAGAAUUGUCACAAUUCCUACCUUGCAUUCAACAUGAGAUCAUGAUAAUCUUUCCUAUGCUUAGCCCACUGCAGGGUGGAAGCAGGUCUGCCAGGGGUUCUCUGAAGGAGAGCUGAGCAAAGUAUCUCAUUUGCCAAAGUGAGAAGGAAUCCUUGCUCUACUUCCAGCUCUGUGAGUAGAGGGAUAGAGGCCAGAGUGGCCUUCCCCUUGGUUUACUUCAAACUUGCACCCUGAAAUGGAGCAGAACACAGGCAGAGGCAUCCUCUGUGACAGCAGCAUCAUCAGCUUUGGCACUGCAAGAGGUGGCUCACCUUGCCUCCUCCCUGAGGAUGGUGCAGGCAAGCUGCUCACAGGAUUUAACCUGCUGAAAAACAAGGAAAGUGUUCUGCUUCUCUGCUUACUUCCACAGAUGCCUGAGCUCAGAGGGCCUCAGUGUCUCUGCUCCACUGUGAGAGCUACUGUUUUAUUAAGAAUCAGCUUAAAUAAGAGCUCACCUGUGCAGAGAAGGCCAUUUUAAUGAAUGCUAGAGAAUGUCCCUAAUCCUCUAGCUGAAGCAGCUGGGAGAACUACAAAUUAUGGAAAAGUUGGCAGAGGUGAUUUCUGUCCUAAAUAAAGAUGAAUGUUCUAAUGUUAA